AUGCGGUCUAUCUUUUCUGUCCUUCAACGGACUGCAGCAACGCCGUGGCAGUCGUCGUCACGGACUGUUCGGAGUCCUGCCCUGAAGCUUGAUUCGAUUUGCGCCAGAUGUCGUCGACAGCAGAUUCGCUUCUACAAUGGCCAGCAGAUGGCAGAUGAUCCCAGAUGGCUCUCUGUCGUGGAUAACCCCGCAAAGAUUGUCCGUACCGGUCGGAAACAUGGCCCGGGUCUCAUUAUUCUCGCUCUGAUUCCUAUCAUUUCCUUUGGUCUGGGUGCCUGGCAAGUUCAACGUCUCGAUUGGAAGACCAAGUUGAUCGCGAAAUUCGAAGACCGUCUCGUUAAGCCUCCUCUUCCAUUGCCCCCACGAGUCGACCCUGAUGCGAUCUCCGAAUUCGACUACCGCCGAGUCUAUGCUAAAGGUCAUCUGCGCCAUGACCAGGAGAUGCUUAUUGGGCCUCGCAUGCGUGAAGGCCAGGAUGGUUUCUUCGUGAUCACGCCUCUUGAGAGGGAGGGGGAGAGCACUGUACUGGUGAACAGAGGCUGGAUCUCUAGAAAAUUGAAGGACCAGAAGGAUAGACAAAUUGGAGUUCCGCGGGAAGAGGUGAUUAUUGAGGGUUUGCUACGAGAGCCUUGGAAGAAGAACAUGUUUACACCGGACAAUAAGCCCGAGGAAGGAAAAUUCUAUUUUCCUGACAUUCAACAGAUGGCUGAACUGACGGGCAGUCAGCCGGUGUGGAUUGAGCAGACAAUGGUUCCCGACAUGCUCGAGUUCAUGGACAGGGAGGCCAAGGGUAUCCCCAUUGGUCGUGCGCCCGAAGUCAACCUGAGAAAUAACCAUGGCCAGUAUAUUCUCACAUGGUAA